AUAUCAUAAUAUAACAACGGGAUAACAAGAAGCAUGAACAAAUUAAGUUUUAUUAUAUGUGGUGUUGCCAUUCUGGUUUUUGUUUCAUUGUUAGAAAUUAUUUAUAUGAGAAGAAGUAGUCCCGUGACAGAAGGGGAUUGGUCCAGACACCUAACGACAGAAGAAUUAGAAGACAAGUACAUUAAGUAUUUAAAGACGGAACAGAUACACUGUAAAGCAAUUGCACGAUAUGGUAAUGUCAAUGACGGAGGAUGGUAUCUCUGUGAAGAUCCUUUAUAUGUACCACCAGUUGACAGUAUUGUUUAUUCUAUAGGAAUUAAUAACGAUUUCAGCUUUGAUGAUGCUAUCUCUGAAAGUAAACACGUACACGUGCAUUCAUUUGAUCCAACAAACGGUAUGCAGGAUCAUGUUAGAAGUAAAUUGGUCACAUUUCACUCUUUGGGCAUAGCUGACUAUACUGGUAAGUCCUCUCAAGGAUGGAAGAUGGCGACAUUAGCAGAUAUAAAAACACAGCUAGGGCAUAAUCAGAAGAUUAUUAGUGUCAUCAAAAUGGAUGUUGAGAGCUGGGAAUGGGUUGUUGUGCCGGAAAUGAUUGCAUCGGGAGCUUUAAAGGGUGUGAAACAACUAAUGAUGGAAUGGCACAUUGGACCAAACGACAGCAAGAAAAGAAGAACAUUAAUCAAUGCUUUAGACAUAUUAAAACAGUUGAAUCAGAUAGGAUUUAGAAUAUAUAAAAUGGACACAAACCGUGUUUGUAAACCGGGGAGAGGUUUCCACCAUUGCCAUGAAGUAUAUUUUCUAAACACCUACACGUGA